AUGUAUGCAUUUCCCCACAAACUAUUAGGUCUCGAAAAGAGGAACUUGCAUUCUUACCUUCCAAGUCUACGCUCUUGUGGAUACAAAAUUGGAUUUGAAGACCUUAAAGUUCUUCAUUUCCAAUGUGUUGAUGUGACUAAUGAAGUUCUUGAAUACUUCUUGUCCAAUUGUCUAGUUCUUGAACAAUUAACCGUGUCCGAAAUGAAAAGUUUGGUUAAUAUAAGAGUUGUUCAUCCAUCGGUUACGUUUAAGCAUUUAGUGAUAAAACAUUGUCGUGCCCUUCAAAGCAUUGAGAUUUCAGGGGCAAACAUUAUUUCAUUUAUGUACCAGGGUGUUGUGAUGGACCUGCUUCUCAGUAAUGUACCAUUGCUUGUGGAGGAAAUAACUCAGGAAAGCGACACAGACAUUGUGAAGCAGAUAACUCAAGAAAGCUACACAGAUGUUGUGAAGGAAAGAACUCAGGGACGUAGAUGUUGUGAAGAAAAGAACUCGGGAAAGAAUGAGGGAGAAAAAGGUGUGUACAACUUGGUUGACAAAAUUAGUGAGAUGCCAGAUGAAAUUCUUGUCAGUAUAUUGUCUCUUUUGUCGCUAAAGGAGGCAACCGCUACUAGUAUCCUUUCUAGACGUUGGCAGUAUGUGUGGAUGUCCACUAUGUUUCUCAACUUUGAUGCUAAAAACUAUGAUACUGGUAAAAAUAUCUACCGCUUCGUCCUCCUCAAAAAAAAAAAAAGAUACCUAGAAAGCGGUAUGUAUGUCAAUUGGGUGAAUCGUGUGGUGGAACAACAUAAAGGCCCAAAAAUCAAAGAAUUCAGGGUUUGCUUCCAACUAAAUAGUCGGUUUAGAAGUUCCAUUGACAAAUGGAUUCAGUUUGCAAUGGAAAAGGGAGUUGAAACACUCGUGUUGAAGUUUUCUUUACAAAAUAGCGUUGGUUCAAAAAAGAUGUAUGCGUUUCCCAACAAACUGUUAGGUCUCGAAAAGAGGAACUUGCAUUCUUACCUUCCAAGUCUACGCCCUUGUGGAUACAAAAUUAGAUUUCACGACCUUAAAGUUCUUCUUUUCAAAUGUGUUGAUGUGACUGAUGGAGUUCUUGAAUACUUAUUGUCCAACUGUCCAGUUCUUGAACAAUUAACCGUGUCCGAAACGAAAAGUUUGGUUAAUAUAAGAGUUGUUCAUCCAGCGGUUACAUUGAAGCAUUUAGUGAUAAAAUAUUGUUGUGCCCUUAAAAGCAUUGAGAUUUCAGGGGCAAACAUUGUUUCAUUUAUGUAUCGGGGUGUUGCGAUGAACCUACUUCUCAGUAAUGUACCAUUGCUUGUGGAGGUGUCCAUUUCCCAUAUUUCCCUGCACCCUGCAUCCAUAAAGCUUUACUCUAGCCAACUUUCAUGUUAUCUUUCUCAGUUGGAGAGUCUCAUGCUGGAUAUCACUGGAUCGGUUUACAAUCGGGAACAUGUGUUUCCUACACUAGCAAAUCUCAAGCAUUUGGAAUUAAUACUUUUUGCGGAGUACCGUCUGGCUCUUCAUCAUUUAACUUCUUUUCUGAAAGCAUCUCCUUUCUUGCAAAGACUCGCGUUGAAGUUGGAUUUCUCUCUACCCAUAAACGGUAGAAAAAUAAAGAAAGCUGCUAAAUGCCCCCAUCAUUACCUCAAGCUAGUAGAAAUAGUAGGGUAUCGUGCCCGUGCUUCUGCUGUUGAACAUAUAAAGUUCUUAAUAAAGAGUGCUACUGCGUUAGAGAAAAUUGUUAUUGAUCCUGUCCGGCGUUGGAUGUAUCCUAGUGAAACGUAUCCUAGUGAAAUGGAUAGGGGAAGUAAAGAAGUCGUUGAGGAAGCGAAGGCAAGAGAGCAUGCCAUGCAACUCGUUAAAUUAAAAUUGCCUUCAAAUGUUGAAUUUGUAUGCCUGUAGUGAGUACGUACAAUACUUAAAAAGUAAUUGUGUGUAUGCAUGUAAUAAGUGCGAUACAAGGUUUAAAUGAUCCCGAGAUCUUGCACUUAUUUAUUAAGUA